AGAAAAGUAACUCAACUCAGCACUAAUGCUUUCAACACCAAAUAGUUAGGAUUAAUAUUUAGUGAGAAUAUUCUAUCAAAAAAAUAUUUAGUUAGAAUACUAUUAGACCAUAUAUCGAAUGGUUGGAACUUGAAUGGUAAUUAGGUUGUGCAAGAGGAUAAACAUGAACAUAGUUUCAAAGUUUGCAAAAAAAAAAAACUCACCACAUACGAAUACAUAUGCUACUGAGUUGCUUUUAGGCAACAACAAAUUAAAAGCUUACCUCCUCCAAGGAGCUGCAAGUGGGUUUGCUUUUGCACCAUAAAUUUGGAAAAGCCAUGUAGGGUUUUGGGGAUAUGGGUCUUGCUAGGAACUGGGAACCAGCUGACAACAAAAUAUGCUGUAUAUAAAUACAAACACGACGCCAGCCUUCCAGCUUCAAGCUCUUUCUCUACACAAUACCAAGUUCUUUCAGCUAUUUUUACCUGCUUGAAUCAAAUUGUUCCUUUCUAACUUUUUUUGGGUCUCAAAAAUGGGUUUCCGUUUGCCAGCCAUGAUCCACAGUUCCAGGCAAAUUCUGAAACAUCAUUCUGGUUUCUGUAGGAAACCAUCAGAUGUGCCAAAAGGCCACGUUGCAGUUUAUGUUGGAGAGGCACCGAGAAAACGUUUUGUAGUUCCAAUUUCGUAUUUGAACCAUCCUUCAUUUGCAGAAUUGCUCAACCGAGCAGAGGAAGAGUUUGGUUUCAAUCAUCCGACGGGCGGCCCGACAAUUCCGUGCAAAGAAGAUGCUUUCGUCAAUCUAACGUCUCAGUUGAAUUCCUCAUCAUGA